AUGUUAGGUAAUGUGGACAAAGUGUUCGAGGAUGUCACGGGUAGCAUCUACGGACUUCCAGGCUUCCAAGUGAUGUCCAUGGAUAGAAAAGUGGUAGCUAUUGCUCUUCUGCAAUGUGUGGAACGAGGACUGGUGACCCUAGACACCAUACCCACGGAUCUACUACCGGAGCUGUCCAGACUACAAGUCCUCAGAGGGUGGACAGAGAAGAACGAACCCAUUCUCGAAGAUCCUCAGAGGCUCCCCACGGUCAGGGAGCUCCUCAGCCAUCAGAGCGGCAUAAGCGUCGACAUUUCAGAGCCCAUGCUCUUAAAAUGGAACGAGUACCAAGGGCGAAAGACGACUUCUCAGAAUCUCAUUUAUCCAAUGAUGUUUUCUCCCAGGGAUGGGUGGGCAUACAGUACUGGGAUGGAUUGGGUCGGCCACCUCAUAUCGAGAUUGAACGGAAAUAUAAGUUUGGGAGACUAUUUCGAGAAAUACAUCUUUGGACCUCUGGGUUUACAGAAUACAACGUUUGAGCCCCUCGAAGACCCAAAAUUCAGAGACCGACUCACUGCUACGCACUUGAGACAGCCGGAGGGCUCGUUGAAGGUGGCUGAUGUGAAUGCAGGCGCACAAUACGCCAAGUCAGGUCAUCACAACGGAGGCGGAGGCCUUUGGAGCACGGCUAGUGAUCUCUGUCAGCUUCUUCGUGGGGUGUUCUUGGAUGAACAUCACUCGGGACUAUUAACCCAUGCCAGCGUCCGCGAAAUUUAUAGGCCAUGCCUGGAUCACCCAGAGUACCUGGGGCAGAGAGUUGAGAAAAUGAAGCAAGAAAAGCCUAUGCACAUCAACAUUCUACCACAAAUUCCGACCGACGUCCCCAAAAGCUUCGGUCUCGGAGUGGCCAUCAACCUUGCCGAUCUGGACACUGGCCUGAGUGCAGGCAGCUUUCAAUGGAGUGGAUUCCCCAAUUGUUACUGGGCAAGUCAUGGAAAAUGCAACAGUCUACAGUGGAAUCGGCGCUGA